CAUCUCAUUGUGUGAGGGGUCCCUCCGCGUUGGCAAACAGCGUGCCGUGCUCUCUUGUUAUGGUGUUGGUCGUUUGACUGCCGCCGCCGCCGCUGCUGCUGCUGCCGCUGCCGCCGAAUUCUUCGGCGUUGCUGCGUGCGUCGUACUUUAGGCACGCGCGCUCCAAGCGAGCGCUCGUCGCGCGGGCAGCCGCCGCGCCUUGUAACACGAGUUCGCGAGUAGCUAGCUCUUCGACGGUACUCGCUCUUAGGCCAUCUCACCGACCGACGACCAUGUCGGUGCCGGCACGACAGGCUCACGUUGUCGGCAAGUGAUGCAACAACGCCGGUGCCGGCGGUAGAGAGAGUCUGUCGAAGGGCUAGCGGGCGAGAGCUUUUUGUGUUCUGCGCGAGCGUCUUCGUCGCCUGUUCGCUUCGUCAACUCUGCAACAUGGACUGGAGGCCGUCUUCCCAUCCGACAACUCGGCGUCGGCGUCUUCAGCGGGGAGUGCACGAACGCUGAGCGACCAUCGCUUUCGUUUUCUUUUGCUGUGACGGCCACCCCCACCAAACCCGACACUGUGAUCAUCUCUUCCGGUCUUCUCCCGGUUUGGAUUGCGACAGGCGACGAGCCUGCGUGGACCAUGGCUCACUUGGCACGCCAGGGCAUUGGCGGCGACGGGUGUCCGGGAACUACGUCAUCGGGUUACGUGACAACGCCUAGUGGCAGUCCCAGUGGUUUGAUCUCAUCAUGGAGGCCGAAUUAAAGCCGUCUGUGGUGGAUUUCGAUUUCAAGCAGGAGCGGCCGGGCGGCACGCCCCUGGCCAUGCUGGCGGCUCAGUGCAACAAACUGGCCAGUAAGAGCCCUCCGCCGCUGGCGGACGCGGCCGUGGGCAAGGGCUUCCACCCCUGGAAGAAGGCCGCACCGCAGGGCAGCAGCUCCUCAACGCCCCCGCCGCAACAGCAAACCUCGUCGUCGUCCGGACUCGGACAGCAGCACCCGAGGCUGGCUCACUCGGGCUCCUCUCCUUACCAGCACAACCACCAGAGGACGCCAGGCUCAGCGGUCUCGAGUGGCUCUGUGACGACGGUGACCACGACGCCCUGCAGCUACCCAUCCGAGUCGCUGUUCUACCCGGGCGUCUCUGCGGCCGCCACGACAGGAGUGCCCUCAGCCGGCGCGGCUAGCGACUCCCUCCUGGCCAAGGUGGAGCCCCUGGGCCGCAUGUAUUCCCACGCUUACUGCGACAACUGGCCGUACGCGGCGGCGGCGCACAUCAAGCCCGAGACGGCGAACGCGUUCAACUCGUCUCCCUGGUGGGAGGUGGGCGCCGGCGGCUCGUGGCUGGAUGCCACCGGCCACUCGCAGCUGCCCAACGCGUACGCGGCCGCGGCCGCCGCCAGCUCGGACUACGGUCUCGGAUCGGGCCUGGCCGGCAGCCCGCUGCUGGGCUCCUCCCCGCUGCUGCAGGACACGUACAAGUCGAUGCUUCCUGGCCAGGGUGCCCCCGGCGUCGCGUCGCCGUUCUCACUGGCGCAGCCGGCGCUGCCGCAGGUCGCCGCCUCCUCUCCGCGGUCACAGCGGAGGUACACGGGCCGGGCGACCUGCGACUGCCCCAACUGCCAAGAGGCCGAGCGGCUCGGACCCGCCGGGGCCCACCUGCGCAAGAAGAACAUCCACUCGUGCCACAUCCCGGGCUGCGGCAAGGUGUACGGCAAGACGUCGCACCUCAAGGCGCACCUGCGCUGGCACACAGGCGAGCGACCUUUCGUCUGCAACUGGCUCUUCUGCGGCAAGCGGUUCACGCGGUCCGACGAGCUGCAGCGCCACCUGCGCACGCACACGGGCGAGAAGCGCUUCGCCUGCCCCGUCUGCAACAAGCGCUUCAUGCGCUCCGACCACCUCAGCAAGCACGUCAAGACGCACAACGGCGGCGGAUCGUCGGGCGACAAGAAGGGCUCCUCCUCGGGAUCCUGCUCGGACUCGGACAACUCGCAGAGCGAGGCCCCCCACCCGAUGGGGGGAGGAGGAGGGGGCCUGCCGCCCUCACAGCUGGGCUCGGCGGGCUUGUCCCAGGGCCUCGCCCUGGGCCCGCCGCCUCCGCCGCACGUGCCCCUCGGCGUGCUGGGCGCGCACGUCGCCCAGCACCCGGCCGACGCGCACCGACACAAGUAGGGGGGAGGCUCGCCGCUCGUGCCGCGAGACGGCGCUGCUGCUGUUUCACUCGUGGUGCCUGUUAUAUAGCGAAUGCCCGCUACUGCGCAGUCGAGGACGCCAAAAGCGCCAGCCUGCCACGCCGCUCAGUGUGACAAAUGCGUCGUCAGCCCUCGGCUGACUGCCUGCGUCUGUAUAGAAGGUUUAUUUAAUGAAGAUGCGAGGAGUCAACUCCACGAGCACUCCAGUGGAUUAAACUAGUAUAUACCGUGUCAAGGAGCAGGAGUAGUUGAUACGAAGGAAGACCUGUUUAUUUUAAAUUGAGGUGUCUACAUGUCAGUCCAUUAGGGUACCGCAUGGAGUAAGAAAUGCCACAGAAGAUGAUUCGAGGACGGAUCGACUAGUGGCGCUAGCGUUCCUGGAAAUGUUCCUAAAUAUUCGCUGAGAACCCUGCGCAGCGAGCUCGUCAGCUAUAGCUGUCGUUUACCCGACGUUGAAAGCGGUGCACUGGCGCUCGAGUGAAACAGCAGAACGCGCUCGUCUUCGGCGCGGCGUGGUGCUUCGCGCCCUCGUCACCGAUACGCUAUACAGCUGGUGUAGUGAGUGACCGGUCGGCGGCAAUGGCGGUGACAGCGCGUCCUGGUGCGCCCUGGGGUGCGUCGGCGCUUGUACGAAGGGCCUGUCGGUGGCUGCAGUACUCCGGAGAACCAUCCGUGCCGUGCUCUGGAGAGGGAGGGCGAAGGGCCGACGGACCUGUGCGACGGUGCAGCGGGCGCCCUAGAACGCCCCGCGGAUGUUGUGUGCGCUGUGUGCGGGCAGCUUUCUUCCCGGUUCGCGUCUGCGCGCUGGUGGCUUGUUGAACUCUGCGCGUUGGCUAUCGGUGGAGAAGGAGGAGCUCUCGAAACUGUAAGACUUGGGAGGGGCCAUCGAUCACGUGGGUUGUUUGCAACGUUAAUUACGGCCUUGCUAGGGAAAGUGUUGAGAGAAGUGGUUACACCUCCGAUUACCACUGAUUGACAUUUAAUUUUCCUACGUUUCCGGGAGGAAGAGAUGGUAGAUGAAUUGCGCCUGGAUAGUUAAUAAAAUUCUGGCAGUACCAACCAAUCAUUUAAUGGAAGCUUUAAAACUUGCCCUAGUGGUGGCUAUAUUAGGCCACAUUAGCUUUCCUGGUGCGAUUAAUAUUCAUUUGCUUGGUUUUAUAUUUAGCGAGUCGUUUUGUUAUCUGUGGAUAUUAAUAUGAACCUAGAAUAUUGUCUUGCUCGCUAAAUGGAAGUGUGGUCCUUGAAAUAAAGCUCUGGAAUUUAAUUUUAAAGAACUGCUUCAACGGAAUAUGUGUCAAAAUUCGAAAGCUGUACGCGAUAUCAGGUGUUAACACUUACGCGCUGUACGACGAAUAAUGUUCUCGGGGGACUCUCUGGAGAAGCCGAUUAGGCGAUUAGCGGUGGCUUGUAUUUGAGCUCUGGAAAGAACGGUUUUCACAAUUGGCUUGCGAUCGCGUUUCGGGAGUGACCGGCCUCGCGACGCGCUCCAAGUCACCACGCGGGUGACGCCUCUAUCACCGAGCCGCGAAUGAAAACAAAGAGCCGUAUAGCAGAAGAGGGAAGGCAUCGUUUGCCAUACGUCGCCUUCCUGUCAAGCCGACUCCGUGUGUGCCUCGUGACUUUCGAACUGCCGGCAGCACUGUGCAUCAACGUGAUGGAAACUGCUUCGUGGUGUGUGUUUGUGUGUGUGUCUGCGCGCGAAAUAGAUGUAUUUCUUUCAUUUUUUUUUUUCGGCGAUGACGCGACAGCGUUCGUCUCUUUAUUAAUGUGUGCGCGCGAAAAUCGCUCAGCUAGAAGGUCUUAAAACGCGCGAAUUUUGCGCGCGGUGACCUAAGUUUUCUUGUGCUAUUAGAAAAAGAAUAUUGUCGUCGAGCUUUAUAUUGUACUACAGUGCGAGUCUUUCUUCGAUGAAGAGACUAUGAGACUUUAAAAGAGUUCUGCCACGGGUUUUCAGUGAUCUAGGACAUUGUACAUAGUGACUCAACAAAGGAAAGAACUCUGUGCAAUUGUAAAUUUUUCGCCCACUUUUUUUAAAAGUUGUCUCUCAAUGUGUUCGCAUGUGUGUCUACGUGUGCAUCAUGAACGCUAGUAAAGAAAAAAAAUAAGUCCCGGAGAUUCGAACUAUGGUGAACGUUCUCUCUACUGAGAUUGAGCGUAAUUUCUGAAGUGCACUCAUAGAGGUAUCCUUAGCAGAGAUGCCAACAGAACGCCAGUACACGUGGCAUGGCGCUGACGUCAUUGUUUACGUGGUACUUUGGUACCGCAUGCUGUUGCGGCGGAAGGCAGGGCUGAACAGAAGCCGCGAAUUUAAGGUAAUGCAACUGAAUAGGUAUUUUUGUCGCAGGAUUGAACGAAGUGUCAUGGAGCGUGCAAAGAAAAGUUCAUUUUCAUCAUUUUUUUUGUAUGUGUGUACUGUGCCACGGACUAUUCAAAUUGAGUACAUCCAUAUUGUUUCGGCUGGGACGAACUAGUGUAGUUGUAUUGGAAGAUCUAUGUAAUUAUUGCAGUUAGCGAUGGCAUGCGACACUCAAAUCUGCUGUCCCAGGUGUGGUCAUUCGAAAAAAAAUAUAAGAGGCAAGCGUGCAGAAAAGCGGUUAUAUCUGUUCAGUAAUCCAACUGGGCACCAGCCAACAAUUCAUUUUCAACAUUGUGCACAACCGCCUAAUGUAAGACUGCAGGUAAUCGAACCUUAGGAAAUGACCUCAAAAUUUCCGUGGCCUAUAGCGCCAAAGGCUGCAAAGUUACGUUUGCAGCCAUUGUGGUAUCGCCGAUACACGCCUCACAGGACACUUUCAGAUUGGGAGUGUGUGGAGCGUCUUCACGGCUCACAGGGUCUGUGAAAGUUUGUGCUACAUCUUUGGUGAAACUGACAUUUACGCAACAGAGCUUGCGAUGUGCCUCAUUUUGCAGAGGACGCUAUUUAUGAACGUAUUCUCGUAAGUGUUGGCACGGAAUAUUGCUUGAACGCGGACCGAGCGUCCCGAAAUCCAGAUUUGGAGAAAAGGUGUCUCGCGCGUGAAGAAAGAAAGGAAGAGGGGAUUCGUGAAUGAGCAUGUGUGAAAGUUCUCGUAAGAAAACGUAAAUAAAUAAGCAGAUUUGAAACUUCAGCCCUGAACUACUUCCGUUGCACGACAACUUUGCAUCGCCAUGGACUUGCAAAAUGGCCGGGCCAGGUUAGUCACUUGUGCAAGCGUUGGCUUGACUUCGGAAAGUGGUGCCAUCCCGACAUUGCCGCGGAGAGUGUAACAAAUGUGUAACUUCCUUGACCGUGCGUGUCGUUGUCGUGACUCCGUAUACCGAUUGGAGUAAGAGCAUAAAAAUCUUCGCAUGCGCUCAGCUCUGACGAUCGUUUAGACGGUUUUGUUUUCUACUUGCUUUCAGUAUUUUUUUUUUUUGAACUGUAAUUCCUGACGGUGACAAUUCCAGUGCUAUUGACAAACGAAUAAAAAGAAAGGCAAAUGCUGACGAGCAUGUUCCUACAGAA